AUGAGCAGAAAGCGAUGUUUGAGUUUUUCCAGGAAUCUAAUAACGAGUAGUUCUUUACAGACCAAUGUGAAUAAACCAGUGGCACCAGACCCUCUUGCUAUUCUACAAACACAGUCAACCCGUGGUCUUCCUAAACCAGAUGAAGAAUACAACAGAAAUAAUGAUUCUCUAGAAUUCGAUAUGAAACUCACACCAGACCAAAGAGCUUAUUUAGAUUCCAGAGCUUCCCGGAACAUACACCCACAACAACCCUGGAAACGUAAGGCGAUUGCUGAUUACCGCCGAUACUGGCCAUAUGGUAUUAUUCCGUUUACGCUAGACGACAAUUUAGCAUCCUUUCAUAAACAAUGGGUAACAGAUGCUAUGUAUGUUUGGGAAAAAGUUACUUGUGUAGAAUUUCGUCUAGCUACGCCAACAUUAUCUGCUCAACUUGGCCAUACAGAUUCCGUACAUAUUUCACAUGGGGAAGAUUGUAUAACCAGUGUUGGGAAGGUUCCUGGUGGCCAAAAUAUUACCAUUGGUAGAUGUCGGAAAGGGUCUAUAAUUCACGAACUGGGCCAUACUUUAGGUUUUGUUCAUGAACAAUCAAGACCAGAUAGAGAUGGUAAUGUAGAGAUCGUAUUCGGCAAUAUAAUACCAACCAGAACACACGAUUUUGAUAAGUACCCAGCAGGAACAAUCACUACCUAUGGCGAACCUUACGACUUUGGAUCUAUCAUGCAUUACAGUUCCACAGCAUAUACAAAAAAUGGUCAAAUAACGGUAAAAACUAUAGAUCCACAUUUACAGAUGACUAUAGGACAAAGAGAGGCUCCGAGCUUCUUAGACAUCAGAUUAAUUAAUGAAAUCUACGAGUGUAAUAACCAUUGUGAACAGAAGUUCUGUGAGAAUGAAGGGUAUCAAGGUCCUAACUGUGAUUGUAUAUGUCCUGAUGGUUUCAUUGGUGAAUUGUGUCAGAAUAUUAUUACGUCACAUACAGGUUGUGGCGGAUCAAUUCUAUCUGAUGAUAAAGGAACUAUAUCUUCUAUAUGGUUUCCAGGGGAUUAUCCUAAUAAUGAGAACUGUUACUGGUUAAUAAGAGGACCAGAAGGUUCAACUAUAACUAUUGAUAUAGAUUCAUUUGAUACUGAUAAUGCAAACGAUUGUCAAUGGUGUAACUGUGAUUUCUUGGAAUUAAAAGUUUACGGGUUUGAAAAAGUUGGCCAGAGGUAUUGUGGUGACCAUGUAGACAGUCCCUAUAUAUUCAACUGGCACCAAAUUAUGGUACAUUUCAAAACAGAUAAUUUCUGGACGGGGAACACUGGCUUUAAACUUACCUAUGAAAUAAAUCAACCGUGA